AUGGGAGUCGAGUUGUCUCUGAAGCCGCCGGUCUGUCCGAUAGCGGCCAACGGAGGCGUUUCCACGCACACAAUCAUCAACCACUGCGACCAGAUGCUCGCCUACAAGGUCCUUUCCGCCUCAUACUUCUUCCUGGAAAGGGCUUUCAGGUCCGUUCUUCGAACAACUCCAACUACAGCGUCAACGAAAGCUACGGCCUCAUUCAGAUCGGCUACACCGCCGACCUUAUCAUAACCCGAAAAGUAACGCGUUUCUCAAUUUCCCUCAAACACAUGCCGAAUUGAGCCGGGAAAGCCGCAGCCGGACCGUAUGGUCAUUCAAUACGUCUCCGUUCCUCAAGAUUGCCGUGAUCCCAAGGUUCCCAAACUUUAAUUUUUUUUUAAAUUAGUUAUCUUGAUGUCGCAGGCCGUUUUUGCUGCGCCGAAACGCGAAGGCGAAAUUGUUGGUGAGACGACGAUCAAGUUGUCGGCGGCUGAAUAG